AUGGUCGCCCGCAGCACCAGCUCCACAGCAGUCGCAUCGGCAUGCAGCGGCCACGCGGAAAACAACCCAAGGCCAGCAUCGUCGGAGACAAAGACUCUCACGCCCGGCGAGAAACCAGCCUCCCCCUACCCGGCUGCAGCGCAGGAUGACAACAACGACUACCCCACGGCCUGGAGGCUCGUCCUCAUCUCCGUGGCGCUUUGCCUUUCGGUGUUCUGCAUGGCCCUCGACAACACAAUCAUCGCGACGGCGAUCCCCCGAAUAACAGACCAGUUCAACGCCAUCGAGGACGUGGGCUGGUACGGCUCCGCCUACCUCCUCACCACGUGCGCCGUGCAGCUCAUCUUUGGCAAGCUCUACACCUUUUACUCUGUCAAAUGGGUCUACCUCUUCGCCAUCCUGCUCUUCGAAGUCGGCUCGCUGGUGUGCGGUGCGACGCCCAACUCGAUCGGCCUGAUCCUCGGCCGCGCCAUAGCCGGCCUCGGCGCCGCCGGCAUCUUCUCCGGCGCUCUCCUCAUUAUCCAACGGAGUGUUCCUCUGCGUCAACGGCCCAUAUACAUGGGUGUGAUAGGCUCCAUGUACGGCAUUUCCUCGGUUGCCGGGCCCCUCAUGGGCGGAGCCUUCACCGACCACGUCAGCUGGCGCUGGUGCUUCUACAUCAACCUGCCGUUUGGGGCCGUCACUGUCGCCUUCAUCAUCCUGUUUCUGCAACUGCCCAAGCCUCCGUUCGCCAAGAAGCAUCUGACGCUGAAGGAGCAGGUCUUGUCUUUUGACCUGCUCGGCACAUCCAUGUUCAUUCCUUCCAUCGUCUGUCUCCUGCUGGCGCUGCAGUGGGGUGGAACCAAGUACGCCUGGAAGGAUGGCCGCAUCAUUGCCUUGUUUGUCGUCUUUGGCGUCUUGAUGGUUGGAUUCCUCGCCGUUCAGGCCUGGCUGCAGGAGGGCGCGACGGUUCCUCCGCGCGUCUUUUUCAACAGGACUGUUUGGACGUGCGCCUUUUUCAGCGCCUGCCUCGGGGCGUCCUUUUUCAUCAUGAUCUACUACCUUCCCCUCUGGUUCCAAGCCGUCCAGGGAGCCACCGCCAUCCAAUCGGGUACCAAGAAUCUACCCCUGCUUCUUUCCCUCGUCAUCAUCUCCCUCGUCUCUGGCGGCCUCGUGUCCACCUUUGGCUACUACGCCCCCUUCAUGCUCAUGUCCACCAUCCUGAUGUCCGUCGGCGCAGGCAUGCUCUCCACCUUUACCGUAGACGCCUCCCCCGCUCACUGGAUUGGCUACCAAGUCCUCUUUGGCGUCGGGGUCGGCAUGGGCAUGCAGCAGACAAUGGUCGCUGUGCAGGCAUCCCUCAGCGGCUCAGACGUGGCCAUUGGCUCUGCCAUUGUCAUUUUCGCCCAGACUCUCGGCGGCGCGCUCUUCAUCUGCGUGGCCCAAAAUGUCUUUCAGAACAAGCUGGUCUCCAACAUUGCUGCUGCGCACAUUGCCGGUCUGGACCCCAUCAAGAUCGUCUCGAUUGGCGCCACCGACAUCCGGACUCUUGUCCCCAAGGAGUUCAUGCCUGUUGUCUUGGGCGCUUACAAUGACGCCGUCACCAACACGUUUUACGUGUCUGCUGCUGUGGCUUCUCUAUCCAUUGUUGGCUCUUCGUUUGUUCCGUGGAUUUCUGUAAAGGGGAGCAAGAUUGACGUGGCUGUUGCUUGA